CCUCAAAACCUCUUCUUCCCUCCCUUCUCCACGCCAGUUCUUGUAAUUGUAUCCUAUCCACGCUUCGUAUUGUCUUAUAUUAUCGGAGUUUAGGACAAUUGGGGCUGAUUCCGUCGUUUCCAUAACUUAGUCGUUACUCAUUCAAGAUGCAUAGAGCUCUCUCAGCUUCCUCAAGGGCUUCGGUCCUUUCUUCCGCUGCUUCCACGCGCGGACAGCUAUCUCAUUUCAGACCUGCCUUGUCCUCCGGGCUGAACCUCCAGCAGCAAAGAUAUGCUCACAAGGAACUCAAAUUCGGCGUUGAAGGACGUGCAGCCCUCCUCAAGGGUGUCGACACGCUGGCCAAAGCUGUUACCACCACAUUGGGUCCCAAGGGAAGGAAUGUUUUGAUUGAGUCUUCAUACGGCUCCCCAAAAAUUACUAAAGACGGUGUCACGGUUGCCAAAGCUAUCUCAUUGCAAGACAAAUUCGAGAAUCUCGGCGCCCGUCUUCUCCAAGACGUUGCUUCCAAGACAAACGAAAUUGCUGGUGAUGGAACGACAACGGCGACCGUGCUUGCACGUGCUAUCUUUUCCGAGACCGUCAAGAAUGUUGCUGCUGGCUGCAACCCAAUGGACUUGAGAAGAGGCAUUCAGGCCGCCGUUGACUCCGUCGUCGAAUAUCUUCAAGCAAAUAAGAGAGAGAUCACCACCAGCGAAGAGAUUGCGCAGGUGGCUACGAUCUCUGCUAACGGGGACACCCAUAUCGGAAAGUUGAUCUCCAACGCAAUGGAAAGAGUUGGAAAGGAAGGUGUGAUUACGGUUAAGGACGGAAAGACCAUUGAAGACGAGCUUGAGGUUACCGAGGGCAUGCGAUUUGACCGCGGCUAUGUUUCCCCUUACUUUAUCACCGAUACCAAAACUCAGAAGGUUGAGUUUGAAAAGCCUCUUAUUCUCCUCUCUGAGAAGAAGAUCUCUGCCGUCCAGGAUAUUAUCCCCGCCCUUGAGGCCUCUACCACCCUCCGCCGACCACUAGUUAUCAUUGCUGAGGAUAUUGAGGGCGAGGCUCUCGCAGUCUGCAUUCUCAAUAAACUGCGUGGCCAACUUCAAGUCGCUGCCGUCAAGGCUCCUGGCUUCGGUGAUAACCGCAAGAGCAUCCUUGGUGACAUUGGUAUCUUGACCAACUCUACCGUGUUCACAGAUGAGCUUGAUAUGAAGCUUGACAAGGCUACCCCAGAUAUGCUCGGCUCCACGGGCUCCAUCACCAUCACCAAGGAGGACACUAUUAUCCUGAACGGUGAGGGCAGCAAGGAUGCCAUUGCUCAGAGGUGCGAGCAAAUUAGAAGCAUCAUUGCUGAUCCUGCCACCUCCGAAUACGAGAAGGAGAAGCUUCAGGAGCGUCUAGCUAAACUCUCUGGUGGUGUUGCUGUCAUCAAGGUCGGCGGUGCUUCUGAAGUUGAAGUUGGAGAGAAGAAGGACCGUGUUGUUGAUGCCCUGAACGCUACCCGCGCUGCUGUUGAGGAGGGUAUUCUCCCUGGCGGAGGUACCGCCUUGCUCAAGGCUUCCGCCAAUGGUUUGAAAGACGUCAAGCCAGCCAACUUUGACCAGCAGCUGGGUGUCAGCAUUGUUAAGAGUGCCAUCCAGAGACCUGCUCGUACUAUUGUUGAGAAUGCUGGGUUGGAGGGUAGCGUCAUUGUGGGCAAGCUUACAGAUGAAUUUGCGGGAGAUUUCAAUAGAGGCUUCGAUAGCGCCAAGGGAGAGUACGUUGAUAUGAUUGGGGCUGGAAUUGUCGACCCAUUGAAGGUUGUUCGCACCGCUCUUGUCGAUGCCAGUGGUGUUGCAUCCCUACUCGGUACCACCGAGGUCGCAAUCGUUGAAGCUCCUGAGGAGAAGGCGCCCGCUGCUGCUGGUAUGGGCGGCAUGGGCGGCAUGGGAGGAAUGGGCGGUAUGUACUAAGAGGCUCACAGAUUUACGGUAAACGUGCAUUUUUUUUUUUUUUUGUUCGCAUUGGAUGUUUUAAAAUACUAAUUUAGCUCCUCCCUUCUUGCCUAUGUGUUUAUAUCUCUAUAUCAUUUUUCUGCGUCCAGUUCUUUUUCCUCAAUUCCGAAUCUAUUCCCCGGAAUUUCGUCGUGCCUUCAAGCGACCCGACCGCUCGGGGGUACCGCAAUUUCCGGUGGAACGAACCACCCCACUCCAUGACCAACCAUUCACAAGUCCCACAUCACUUCCGUGUCCCAAAAUUCCCCUUUUCUCAGUUCUGGCAUAGGCAAAAUAUUUGGGAAGGAAGGAUGCCACUGCGAGAAAGGUCUGCGUUAAGUACCUUGUACCCUACUUCGUUGGAGUUUAGUGUGGGGAUUUGUUUUAUACAUCUUUGAACGGCGUAGGAGGAGAAGGAAGUGGAAGAAGUAGUGGUCUCCGAAGGGCUCUCUGAAUGAAAUAAAGCAAUGUACUGUAAAUUAUCAGCUCCGGGUUAUGAAAUAUAUUUCUCAAUUUUCU